AUGGCUGACGGCGUUCGGCCGCCGCUGACAGCGCGAAGGGCAGGUGGCGGUCGAAAAGCGACCCCCGGCUCGGGUCUGGCCCCGGACGAGAUGCUUCGCGAACCCGUGGCAGUGGCUCCCGUACCUGUGGAACCUCUCACCCGCACGCCCUCGCCGGGCCCGGGUCCGGGUACGCCAGCUGCGCUCGCCAUCCCAGAGGACUUCGAAGAUCCCGAGGCCCUCAAGCAAACCCUUGGGGUGGUCAACCGGCGUCAGGAAGAGUGGCAACGGCAGCUGCAGUCCGUCGAUGAGAAACAGGCAGAGCUGGCGCACAUCCAGUGGAAGUUGGUGCGGGACCAGUCUUCAUCGCUGGCCAAAGAGCUGGCAAUCGUACAAACGCAGCUGAAGGAUCUGAAGGUGGAGUCGCGGCGUGCGCUGGUGGAGUGCGAGCGCGCCUUCCGCGAGAAUGAGGCGAAGCUCAACGAGGAGCGCAGCUUGCGCCUGGCAAUGUUUGAGAGCCUCGAGUUGCGCAUGAAGAAAGCGCGAGCUGACCUCGAGACCGAGACGCGAGAGCGCGCCGCGACGGAGACCGAGGUGGCGCAGAAGAUCAAAGCUCUGAAUGAGGAGCUCAUCACGAGGUCCCGUGAGCAGCAAGCUGCCGAUCUGCAACACCGACGCCUUCGCGAGGACCUGAAAGUGUCCUUGGAGGAUUUGGAUGCGCUGAAGCAGACCGUUUGCCAGGAGAUGACGGAGCGCCGUGAGGGAGAGGAAACUCUGAGCCAGAUCAUGCGGGAAGUGCGUGAGAGCGUGCUCAAGGAGACGCAGAGCAGGACAAACUCAGAGGAGGCGAUGAAGGACGCUUUCCAGCAGACGCUUGAGCAGGAGCGAACAGACCGCAUCGCAGAUGUCGCUGCACUGCGAACGGCAUCCUCGGCGCUGCAGAAGGAUGUGACGUCGUUGAAGGAGGUGAUCCCAAACCAUCGUGCGCGGCUGGGUGAGGUCGAGCACUUUAUGAAUACCCGGCUCAAGGAAAUUCACAAAGGCCUGGAGGAUGAGCUACAAAAGCGAGCAGCUGCAGAUGCCAAGUUGGAGAAGAACUUGAAGGAUUUGAGUAGCUCCUUGGAGACGGAGGUCUCCACACGACAAAGCUUGGCCGAAGAGGUGGACCAGGUCCUUAAGACUAUGAAGUCCAAGAUGAAGAGCUCUGUGGCUGAGCAGGCAGAAAUCGCAAGGCAGGCCCUGGAGACCGCCAAGAAGCAGUUUACGGAGCAGCUCGCGUCAGAGUGCCACAUGCGCGAGGCCGUGACCUCCAAAUUGUCCGCAGCGCUCGAAGAACAGCGCGGCUCCUUGCUUAGUGCCGUUGAGCGUCUGGAGAUGCUCGUCCGCAGCGCGGACCAAAGGUGGCAGGAAGACCUCGCCCGAGAGUUGAAGGAGGUCGAAGCUUCGCAGCUACGUUUUUCGGAGGAGACCAUCCGACAGCUUCGCGAACUCAGAGAGUUCGCAGCCGAGAAGCUUGAUGAGGAGCGACAGGCGAGGGAGGCGCAAGGGACGAACUUGGAGGACCAUGUGGACUUCCUGGAAGGCUUCCUGCAGGAUGCACGAGAGCUCUUCCUCCAGCGCGGUGCGCGACAUAGGCGUGUUACGGCAAAAGGGCCGAACUCGCCGAUGCCCAGGCCAAGGAUCUGA